AUGUCCACCGCCGCCGAAGCCGCCGCCGUCGACCUGAAGCCCAUCUACGGGCCCUUUUUCGGCGUCCUCGGCUGCUCCUUCGCCAUGAUCUUCAGCUCGCUGGGGGCCGCCUACGGCACGGCCAAGUCGGGCGCCGGCAUUAGCAGUAUGGCCGUCAUGCGCCCAGAGUUGAUCAUGAAGUCGAUCAUUCCCGUGGUCAUGGCGGGCAUCAUCGCCAUCUACGGCCUGGUAGUCUCGGCGCUGAUCGCCAACCAAAUCGGCCCCGGAGGCGUCGAGGGCACCUACUCGCUCUUCAAGUCGGCGCUUCACCUCGGGGCCGGCCUCUCCGUGGGCCUCUCCGGCCUGGCGGCCGGCUACGCCAUCGGCCUGGUCGGUGACGCCGGCGUCCGCGGCACCGCCCAGCAGCCGCGCCUCUUCGUCGGCAUGAUCCUCAUUCUCAUCUUUGCCGAGGUCCUCGGUCUGUACGGGUUGAUCGUGGCGCUCGUCCUCACCACCAAGUCGGGUUAA